CUUAUUAGGAAACAGAAAACCUGCGACGGCCACACGGCAUAUCUAUCUCACUAAAAACUCGAGCUGCACUGACGAACUACCUACAACGCUUUUCACGUCCUUACUUCUUACGGUGGUCUUUGCAGGGUCCUAACUAAAUGGCUUAGUCUCAUUUUCUUUCUGCGACCUUGGACAGCCCUCUCUUUCACAUCCUUUAAAUUCGACCACCCCGAGGGAACCUUCCGUCUUUUUCCAAAGUUGGCUUCAUUCCCUUCCUACGAAUUCCUCUCUUUAAUCGAAUCGGCUGUUCUCCCAAUCUACCCACCCACGUACCUUUGCUAUAGGGGAACGCGAUAAGACCCCUCCCAUAGUCGCCAUGGCUGGCCCCGCCUCUCCUAACGAAGGCCCUACGUACGAGCCACCACAACUCCCACCAGGAUGGAUAGCGCAAUGGGAUGGCGCAAGCAAGAAAUAUUAUUAUGUCCAACUUUCGACAGGCGUCUCUCAAUGGGAAACGCCAACACAUGCUGCGCCAGGAAACACGCCUGCCCAGGUAAAUGAACAUCCAUAUGGAAUUCCAGGCCAACAAGAACUUAUCACACACCCCGAUGGUACACAGACUGUCAAGCACCCUGAUGGUCGGAUGGAACCCAUCCUUCCACCCGAAGCCAGUAGAGGACUUGAUGGGCCGACUGGCGAAAGAGGAUUCGGCAGCUUCGCGGCCAACUCAUUAUUAAGCCAAUUCUCCGGCGGUCACGGAAAACCUCAGGGUGGCAGCAGCCAUGGUUCGGGCGGUAUUGGAGGCCUUGCUGGACAAUUGAUUGGUGGUCUUGGUGGAAGUCACGGUAACAGUCAUGGAAGCUCGUCUGGGGGUCACGGCGGGGGCGCUUCUAGCCAGCUUGUUGGCCAACUUGCGUCGAAUUUAUUUUCAUCUGGUAACAAGCCUCAGCAGCCGCAGAAUUACCAUGGUGGUCAGUCGCAUCAACCGCAACACUCCAGCGGUUUAGCUGGUUCGGUGAUGGGUGGUGUCGCUGGCAUGUUUGGAGGGCCCCAUGGAAAUCAGCCGGGCCAAAGCUACGGCUAUUCGAAUUCGGGUCAAGGGAGUGGAUAUACCGGUCAAGCUCCCCCGACAUCCUACCAACCGACCAAUGCUUCGACACCGUCCUACAGUUCUCCGCCUCACCCACAAAGCUCGCCCUCAUACAAUGCCUCCUCCGGCUCUACUCAACAUGGGACACCACAGUACCCACCGCCACCUGGGCAACAUAGCGCGACAUCAUACCCCCCGGCUCCUAGCCAAAUAGGAGGCCACCAGAACUCUUCUUAUCAUAGCCCGCCUCCAGGUCAGCAACACCAAAAUCCCCCUUAUGGAAGUGGACCACCUUCGGGACCGCAUUCCACCUACGGUCACAGUCCAGUUCCCCAAGGGAACGGCUAUUCGCAACACCCACAAUACACUUCACCGCCACCACCGAAUCAACCUCAGUAUAAUGGCCACCAACAGUAUCCGCCACCUCCUUCUACAUAUAGCAACCAAUCAUACAGUAUGCCACCACCGCCAUCAACAGGCCCUCUCGGAUACCCGGGACAACCUUCCUACGCGAACGCUGGGCCCCCGGUUCCUACUGGAACGCACCCUCAUCAUGGUCAACCGGGGGGAUAUCCCGGAAAUUGGUGAGAAACAUCUGAAUCGCCAUUGGUAUUGGUGAAUUUUCAGGCAUAUAAUAGACCAUGGAGUUUAUUUUCUCACUUUGCAGCAUUUCCACCGUAUCCUUUUCUGCUAGGAAAUCGACUUUAGCAUUUGAUUCGCUAUGAGUUUUUUUAAGCAUAAAGUGAAUUAUGG